CCGGGGGUGGGGGGCAAGAGGGUCCCCGGCAGAGCCCUCGAGCUGGGGACAGAGAGCCGCGGGAGGUGGGAGGAACUUCCAGAACCUUUCUCUGGCCGGGCUGCGCUCGGAGCCAGGCCCCCGCUUUGGUAUUCGGAAGAGGCGACCCCUGGGUCGCGGGAUGGAAGUGCGCGUUCCAGAGGCCGUGUAACCCAAGCCGCGGGUGCCAGCGGACCGGAGAGCGCAGAGGGCCACCCCGGCUCAGCCCGUGGAUGGUGACCGCCCCCUCGGAGCGUCCCCGCAGACAUGGCGCAAAGCUGGCUGCGCCUCUCCGGAGCAGGGCCAGCGGAGGAGGCCCGGCCCGAGGCCGGCAUGGAGGAGCCCGAUGCCCUGGAUGAUAGCCUGACCAGCCUGCAGUGGCUGCAGGAAUUCUCCAUUCUCAACGCCAAGGCCCCCACCCUGCCCCCGGGGGUCACUGACCCCCACGGCUACCACCAGGUGCCGGGCUGCGUGGCUCCCGGGUCGCCCCUCGCGGCCGACCCCGCCAGCCUCGGGCAGCCGCACACGCCAGGCAAGCCCACCUCGUCGCGAAGCGCGCCCCCGGGGCUGCAGGCCCCGCCCCCCGACGACGUGGACUAUACCACCAACCCGCACGUGAAGCCGCCCUACUCGUACGCCACGCUCAUCUGCAUGGCCAUGCAGGCCAGCAAGGCCACCAAGAUUACCCUGUCGGCCAUCUACAAGUGGAUCACGGACAACUUCUGCUACUUCCGCCACGCUGAUCCCACCUGGCAGAAUUCCAUUCGUCACAACCUGUCCCUGAACAAGUGCUUCAUCAAAGUGCCUCGGGAGAAGGAUGAGCCCGGCAAGGGGGGCUUCUGGCGCAUUGACCCCCAAUAUGCAGAGCGCCUGCUCAGUGGGGCCUUCAAGAAGCGGCGGCUACCCCCCGUCCAUAUCCACCCAGCCUUUGCCCGCCAGGCCUCACAGGAGCCCAGCACUGCCCCCUGGGGUGGACCUCUGACCGUGAAUGCGGAGGCCCAGCAGCUGCUGCAGGAGUUUGAGGAGGCCACAGGGGAGGCAGGCUGGGGCACAGGAGAGGGCAGGCUGGGGCAUAAGCGCAAGCAGCCGCUGCCUAAGCGGGUGGCCAAGGUCUUGCGGCCCCCCAGCACAUUGCUGCUGACCCAGGAGGAGCAGGGUGAGCUGGAACCUCUCAAAGGCAACUUUGACUGGGAGGCCAUCUUUGAGGCUGGCACUCUGGGUGGGGAGCUGAGCUCACUGGAAGCCCUGGAGCUAAGUCCACCACUGAGCCCCGCCUCUCAUGGGGACGUGGACCUUACUGUCCAUGGCCGCCACAUCGACUGCCCCACUACCUGGGGACCUCCUGUAGAGCAGGCUGUGGACAGCCUGGACUUCAAUGAGACCUUCCUGGCCACAACCUUCCUGCAGCAUCCCUGGGAUGAGAACGGUAGUAGCUGCCUGCCCCCAGAGCCCCUCUUUGAAGCAGGGGAUGCCAGCCUGGCCGCUGACCUGCAGGACUGGGCCAGCGUGGGUGCUUUCUUGUAAGAGUCCAGGCCCCACCCCAUCUCUGGACAGUGCCCAAGUCAGGGCCCAGAACUGCUCCUCAAGACAGGCCUAUGGACAUCUCUGGCAGGGACUGGGCCAGGUCUCUGAAGGCUGGCUCCAGGAGGUCACACUGCUGCUAGGGUGUCCUCACAUUCAAGCCCGAAAGGCUGGGAUCCAGGGGCCUAGGACCAGAAUUGCUGCCUCCCCUCAUCAGCACCUCCCUCCCUGCCACCCAUACACACAGUGUUUCAUUGAUCCAUAUUCCUUCAACCCUAAGAACUGGCAAAACAAGGGCUCUGCACCAUGAGAGCUGAGGCCUGGAGGGCCCCUGCCACACCAGGGAGGAACAGAACAGGCCUUCAUCAGAGCUCUGCUCCACCUCACCUGCUCACUCCUGCUUCCCCAGGUCUCUAUCUAGAGAAAGUUCCCAGGUACAACAAAUGCUAAUUAGAUGACUGCAAAUUAACCCCCUGGAGGCCCCUCCUGGCAGAGCCUCCCCAGGGGCCCCUGGCAGCCUUGACUGGAGAGGAGCUGGCAGGAGAUGGACUGGGGGAGGGGAACAGAGAGGAGGCAGCAAGGUGGGGCAAGAUGUUUCCUAAGGCCUUUAGGGCCUUUACCUGGCCCCAUCCUUAGGGGUAGAAGGGAAACUAUAAAUCUUGGAGCCUGACUUGAGGCUGAGAGCAGCAGGAAGUCGGGGUUUGGGGGGGAGGUUGGGGCAGUCCAGCUGCAGGGUGGGAGGACAGACAGAUGGACUAAUGUAGUGAGUAUAGCUAUAGCUAAGACUUAACUGGGAGGGACGCCCAGCUUGCUGGAAACACUGGAACAGGAAAGAGGCAGCCCUAUAUCCCUGCCUGUGUUAGCAGGGAGCCAGGUCUCACUCCAUCCUGACCCCUGGGGCUGGGACCCACAUCUACCCUCCACGUGGGGCAAUUUAACAUUUUUCAUGGAAAGUUCUUUACAAUAAAA